AUGCUCCAAAAAAUGGCUUCAAAAUCCAUUCUUCUUCUAGGCAUUUUUCUUGUGGUGGCCACUAAGGUUUAUUCGUAUGAGGAAGAUCUCAAAAUAGUGGUGAACUAUGCAAACCCUACAGCUCCUUCUGUUUUAGCUCCGCCAGUAAAACCAACACCAACACCUGUAGUGACGGCUCCAACACCGCCUUUUCCGGUGAAGGCACCCCCAACAACUCCACCAUACGUGAAGGCACCACCAACAACUCCACCAUACGUGAAGGCACCACCAACAACUCUACCAAAUGUGAAGGCUCCUCCUUCUCCUCCAUUGACAAAAACACCACCUUACCAAUCACCACCUUUUGUGAAACCACCAUUACUACCACCGUUCACAGCACCAACUCAGCCACCAACUUCUCAGCCACCUGUUGCUAAAACUCCACCAGCACCAUCUACUCCUAUCGUCAAAUCAUGGAAGGAUUGUAUUCCACUAUGUGGUUAUAGGUGCCAAUUACAUUCAAGAAAGAACUUAUGUUUGAGAGCAUGCGUGACAUGUUGUAACCGUUGCAAAUGUGUACCUCCAGGAACUUAUGGCAACAGAGAAAAGUGUGGCAAAUGCUACACUGACAUGUUGACUCGUGGCAACAAAUACAAGUGUCCAUAG